AUUUCAUUUCCAGUAGUCGCUUUUAGUGGAAACGAUAAACGGGUCGGAUAACGCACUAAAAUGUACAGCUACAAUCAACGUCACAUUUCUUUUCCUUUCUAAUUUAAGCAUGCAUAUACAACGAACUAAGGUACACAGAGCAGUGAUGGAAGCAUAAAUUCUAUAAGUUUAAAAAAAAUAUACGCAAGUUACAAGGGCUUAGUUUGAUGUGCAAUAUCUCUGGAUUCUUCUGCAGACCCAUGAAACAUGUCAAUGGACCUCAAUAAGACGUUGCCAGACGUUUGCUGCACGUGUACGGUAUUACAGCAGAGUAUCCUCAAUAAAGACAUCGAAGGGCGCGCGUGUAACACGAUUUUUUCUUUAAAUGAAAAUGUACCGUCGGCGCAAACUUUUCCAACGCAAUCCAGGAUAAGCGAUUGUCACGUGUCCAAUGGACUUCCGGUGAAGAAGAAGAGGGCCAUUUUGAGGUCACGUGACAGCUUAUAUAGUCAUCAGCGACGAUUCAGCGCCAAUGAAGGGACAAAGACGACUGAUAGAGGUAAUAUCGUAUCAAGACUGUCAGUUGUUAUUAUUGCUCUAAUUGCUGGUCUUUGCUGCGUCGUGUCGUUUGCUGCGCUUAUUCUUCAAAUUCGUCAGCAGUCGGUUAUAACAAAACUACAAACAACAACGGAAAACUUGCGCAUUGCGGUUACGCAGUCAGAAGGAAACAACAGACUGUGUCUUCCGUGUGCAGAGCUUUUAUUGGAACCAUUUUCGGCGGACACAUCUGAACUAGGUGAUUUGAUGAAACACGAAGAGAAAGGACAAGGCAUUUGUUGUGCAAAAUUGGUGACGCAGAUUUCUGUUCUCUUCAACUUGUUUGCAAAGAGAAAACAGAUGGAAAGAUGCUCUACAGAGACGAAGUCGUCUUACACGUGCAACGCUUCCGAUACAGUAACUGCUGGCUCCCCGUCAUUUUCCGCCAAUGGCAACUCAUUCGGCAACAUAUCAGCGCACCUUCAGGCCGGGACACAGCCAGUAAAUAAAGAGACCGAUGCACAAAUCCGGAACUGGAGUUUUGGCCCUGUCGCACCGGGGACUCACCUUACCAAUAUCCGGCUUUCGUCUGACAACCGUUCCCUAGUCAUCCCGGAGUCCGGCCGAUACUUUCUGUACAGCCAGGUGGGCCUUCUCAUAUACUACAACCCGGAAGCGCCUCUAGAGUUUCCGAGUCCCUCUCAGUCUUUGAUCCACGUCGUUUACCGGUACAAUAUGAUAUACCCUACUAGUCACGAGGAACUAUUGCGGAGUGACGUCACGCAGUGCUGGGAACAGAAAAAAGAUUACGGGCGCUACACUAGCUAUGUCGGCGCGUCUGUCCUUCUCAAUAAGGGCGAUUUAGUCUACGUAAAAGUUUCCAAAAUCGAAUUCCUUUCGAAAAGUGAUUUCGGCGUAACGUAUUUUGGAUUGUUCAAACUUGGUUGACAAUAAUAUAAACAUGUUAAGCAGUUUAACGAGAUUCAUGGACAUAUAUCUCUAUAUAUACACCAUGUCCAAUAAGGUACUUGUACAUAUACAAAAACUCAACAUCAGACACCCGUUUAAUCUUAAACCUUAAUGCAAAUCUCACAUAACAUGAACAUGUUUGUCAGGACGAUGCUUUUCAAUGCAUGUAGUAACGCAGUCUUUCUUGACACAGUCGUAUGCUUAAUCGUAAUCGUUUAUGUUUACUAAUUUCAUAGUCACAUGGUACAUGUUUUGCACCCAGGGAGCGAUAUUGUACUUCCGAACAAAACGUGUGCUGACGAUGAGGCUUCGCUCUGAGCUUACUUUUUCCAAACAAAUAGACAUUCCUAAACAACCCAACAUAAACUUGGCAAAUGGCCGUUAGUGACAGAUAAAUUUGCAAUGGUACAUUAAGCGACCAAUAAAAAAGUCUUUCACGUGUGAACAAAGCGGAUAAUCCAGAAGAAAUGAUACAGUGACUGAUGAACUUACAUUUUAAGCAUGUACAUGACGAUAGCUCUAAUGUAUGUUGCGCAUACAAUGAUCUGUGUAACAGCAAUUUCAACGCUGACCAUCGCGUAUGUUAAAGUAGAUAGUGCACAUUCGGCGGCAGAUGAUUUAAGAUUAAUUUGUUCAAAUAAUGGUUCCAUUUGUUGACUUUCUAGUUGUAUCAUGUAAAUAAUUUCAAUCCCAUAAAGAAUCAUAAAAAAACAUCAUAUACAUCAUAUCUUCAUUUCAAAAUGGCCGAAAAACAAUAUACAUUGUUUGCAUGUUAUGAUGAAGUUUUUUUAGACAUUUUGUACAAUCAUUGUUUGUAUAGUUAAUAAUAAAUAUAAAACCAA